UCGCGCGGUCCACAGCAGUUGCCCGUUCGCUUGCUCGUCUGCUUCCAUACAUCGUCUCCUGCUGUCUCAUACCACUGCCCAGCGGUCUGACUCGGAUUCGUCUGUUUUGCCAUUGCGCAUCGGUCGCGAGAGCAAAUCUCCAUCCUCCUGAACAUCCCUCUCGCUCCUCCGAGAACAACCGCUCAGGAUAGCCUCCUGGCGCUCGAACUCGCCCGCUAGCACCAACAUGUCUACCUCCACCUCCCACAUCAAGCUGCGCCGCAAGAAGAAUGUCAAGAAGGGUAUUCAGUUCUGCCUGAUGGUCUGUGGUGCCUCCGGCACAGGCCGAACGACCUUCGUCAACACUCUGUGCGGGAAGCAAGUCCUGCAACCCAUGGAUGCCGAUGACCCGACUACUGCGCACAUUGAGGAGGGCGUCAAGAUCAAGCCUGUGACUGUGGAAUUGGAGCUGGAUGAGGAAGGCACCCGAGUGUCGUUGACCAUCGUUGAUACACCCGGCUUUGGCGAUAGCAUCGACAACGAGGCUUCUUUCCACGAGAUAGUGUCUUUCUUGGAGAGGCAGUACGAUGACAUUCUGGCUGAGGAGAGCAGAAUCAAGCGUAAUCCUCGAUUCCGCGACAACAGAGUCCACGUGCUCCUCUACUUCAUCCAGCCCACAGGUCACGGUCUUCGCGAGCUCGACAUCGAACUCAUGCGCCGUCUCAGUCCCCGCGUCAACGUUAUCCCCGUGAUCGGCAAGGCCGAUUCGCUGACACAAUACGAGGUCGCCGAGAGCAAAAAGCUGAUCAUGGAGGACAUCGAGCACUACCGCAUUCCAGUUUACAACUUCCCAUACGAUAUCGAAGAGGACGAUGAGGACACAGUUGAGGAGAACGCGGAGCUGCGGGGACUGAUGCCGUUUGCCAUCGUUGGAUCCGAGGAUGUGAUUGAGAUCGAUGGACGUCGUGUACGCGCUCGUCAAUACCCAUGGGGUGUGGUCGAGGUGGAGAAUCCCAAGCAUAGCGACUUUUUGGCGAUUCGAUCUGCCCUGUUGCACUCUCACUUGGCGGAUUUGAAGGAGAUCACACACGACUUCCUCUACGAGAACUACCGUACCGAGAAGCUUUCCAAGAGCGUUGCGAGCGCCAACGAGGCAUCUGGCAUCACCACUGAGAGCGACAGCCUUGACCCACAGUCACUCGCCUCGCAAUCUGUCCGUCUCAAGGAGGAGCAGCUGCGCCGUGAAGAGGAGAAGCUGCGUGAGAUUGAGAUCAAGGUGCAGCGUGAGAUCAACGAGAAGAGGCAAGAGCUGCUUGCUCGCGAAUCGCAAUUGAAGGAGCUCGAAAGCCGAAUGGGACGCGAACACACUCCGAUCCAGCCAAGCGUCCACGAGGAUGACGAGACCGACGCCGGCGCACAGCACUAGAAGCCUGGACAGAUGGUGGAUUCCCCCGCAUAACUGCGCUAUUACCUUUGUCUGCCAGCGUCUGGCGUGGCGAUUUCACUCCUCCACGACUUCGGACGGGACAGACUAUUCUGCAGCAGACAGAUACCACUUCAGAUCCUGUUUCAUAUGUAUCUUGGCUUUUCGAGAGCGUUGUUUGGAGGCGAGCAAGUGCGAAUAGCGGAUGUAAAAGACAGCAAUACCCAGACGAGUACCCACUUAGCUAGUUUGCCGUACUGCAGAAAGUAAUAUAUUU